AUGGGAGUUAUUUCUCCUUUUCUGGACUCCCUCCCAUUGCGGGGCGAGGGGGAGCAAAUGGCCUGCCUGCACCAAGGCCCCAGCGCCCCGCCUCCGGCUCGUCGCCGACCUCCUCCCACCUCCUCGCCGCAGCUCGGCCAGUUCCAGACUUCCCUUGGCGAUGAGGUCAUCUUCUCGUUUCCCAUUGGCUACGCCUGGCCGUCAGUCACAGGAAGUCCCGCCGCCGUCCUCACCUCCUUCAUACCCCUCCCUUCCCGCCCUCCCUUUAGUCCCCUGGUCCCAGCCUCCACGAGGCCUCUGAUUGGCCAGCACAGCUGUCACUUUUCUAGCAGGCAGUGUGGGAGGCGGGAGACGGGUGUGGUGGGAGGGCCCGCAGCUUCCGUGGCUGAGAAGAGCCGGCGGCGGCCGUGUCUGUGGUGUCCGAGGCGGCUGCGAGAGCGACCGUUCCAUCCUCCUCACCCCUUCGGCUCCGCUCGCCACAGCCCUCCGCUCGCGCAGACUUCUCCCCAGCUCCGUGCGCCCUGGCUAGACGCUGAGCCUCGGGAGGGGAAGAGCGCGGUGGGAGCCGGAGGGGGACCGCCGCCGAGCCCGGGCUGGGAGGAGCGCGAGGCGGUUGCCAUCACGAAAGCCAAAGUGGAUUUCUCCAGUGUAGUGUGCCUGCCCCCUUCCGUCAUUGCUGUGAAUGGGCUGGACGGAGGAGGGGCUGGCGAAAAUGAUGAUGAACCGGUGCUGGUAUCCCUGUCUGCCGCCCCCAGCCCCCAGAGCGAAGCUGUUGCCAAUGAACUGCAGGAGCUCUCCUUGCAGCCCGAGCUGACCCUAGGCCUUCACCCUCGCAGGAAUCCCAAUUUGCCUCCACUUAGUGAGCGGAAGAAUGGUGAGUAUAUAUGGAAUUAUUACAUUGCCUAAUUUGAACCAGGGUCUUCACGUUUAUGUUAAAGAUCAUUACUUCAUGUCUCUUGAAAGUUUCUUAUAAUCUUACUAUUUUCUGUAAAAUAGAGAAAUGGUAAGUUUAGGUAAUCAUUAUAAACCCAACAUUUCCUGCCUGGGUUAUUAAAACUGCUUUCUAAUUUGUCUUUCUACUUCUCUGCUUCUCCCUCCCAACCUCUUCCAUAAAUUCAUUAAUUUAGCAAAUGUUCAUUGAAUAUCACUAUGUCAUAAACUAUGCUAAGAUUAGGGAUUAAAUGAUAAAGAAGCCUCUGUCAUUAGGAAACGUAUUCCUAUACCUUGUCAGAGUAAUCUUUUAGACCUCCCUAGCUUAGUACUUUUCAGUGACUGCCCUAUAGGAUAAAAACAAAAGUAUGUUUUACAAGGCUUGCAGGAUCUGGUCUCUUUCUGUUUUGUUAGCUUCUUCUCUUAUCAUUCCCUUAUUCCUAGUCUUUGCUCCAACUAUUAAGUAUUUUUAACACUAUUUACGAACUUUGCACUCCUGCUUCAAGCUUUUGUUAAUUAAAAAAAAAUAUAGGGGUGUCCGAGUGGCUCUGUCAGUUGAGCAUCUGACUCUUGAUUUUGGCUCAGGUCAUGAUCUCACGGUUCAUGGGUUUGAGCUCCAUGUCGGGCUCUACACUGACCAUGAGGCGCCUGCUUGGGAUUCUUUCUUCCUCUCUCUCUCUCUGCCCCUUCCCCUAUUGUGUGCACACAUGUGUGUUCUCUUCCUCUCUCUCUCUCAAAUAAGAUUAUAAUUAUAAAAUUAUAAUUUGUAUAAUUUCUUUGUUGUAAUUAUAAAAAUUCAAGAUUUCAGAAAAGGUAUAAAUAGUAAUAUAGCAAAUACUUAUGUACUCACAUGCCAUCUGGCUCAUGCACUCUUCUCCAUGGAUCUCCAUCCAUCCCCAAGGUAAUUACUGCCCUGAAUUUGAUAUUUUAUUGCCAAGUAUUUCUGUAUUUUUUUAACAGCAUGAUUCAUAGUAGAUCAUGACCUGAGCUGAAUAUGAAUAUAUUCCUGAACAAUGUAGAACAGUUUUUCUCAUUUUUAUAUAACAUGUAUAUUAAUUGGAGAGAGAGAACUCUAUUGUAUAUACUCUUCUGCAACUUGUGUUUAUUCAAUAUUUAUUUUCCUGUGAGUUAUUAAAGGUAUUCUAUAAGUUCAUCUCAUCUGAUCUGUGAAUCAGCAUUUAUAAAGUAGGCCUGCUUUUCCCUACUGAUCUUUAGUGCCAGCCUUAUUUCUCAGUGUGCAGAAGUUAAUUUUUAUGCCCUCUGUUCUGUUUCACUGGUCUCUAUUCAUCUCUUUGUCAUAGUACAUCAUCUUAGUUAUUGUUGCUUAAUAAUUAGUCUUGGUAGAGGGCACCUGGGUGGUUCAGUCAGUUAGGCGUCCAACUUCAGCUCAGGUCACGAUCUCGCGGUUUGUGAGUUCAAGUCCCACAUCAGGUUCUGUGCUAACAGCAGCCUGGAGCCUGCUUCAGAUUCCAUGUCUCCCUCUCUCUCUGCCCUCCCCUGCUCAUGGUCUGUCUCUCUUUCUCAAAAAUAAUAAAUAAACAUUAAAAAAUGAAAAAAAAAAGUCUUGUUAUCUGUUAGGACAGUCUCUCCUUGCCUUUUUUGUCUUCAGAGUUGUCUUGACUGUUCUUGCCCAUUUUAAUUUUUCAUAGUUUUAGAAUCAGCUUAUGAAGUUAUGAAAAAAAAAACAAAAACAAAAACAAAAAAAAAAACACCUCAAUGGGAGGCAGCUGGGCGGCUCAGUCUGUUAAGUGUUCCAACUCUUAGCUCACCUCAGGUCUUGAUCUCAGUCGUGAAUUUGGGCCCCACAUGGGGCUUUGUGCUGGGCGUGAAGCCUACUUUAAAGAAAAAAGAAACUCAGUGGGAUUUUUUUUUCUCGAACAUUUUAUUAUGAAAAAUUUCAGACACAUGAUAAAGUGGAGUUUUACAGUGAAUACUUUUAUGUCUACCUCUUAAAUUCUCCCAUUAACAUUUUGUUAUACUUGCUUUAUAAUAUGUCUGUCCAUCCCUCUAUUCAUCAAUCCAUCUUAUUUUUUUGAUGCAUUUCAAAGUAAAUUGCAGACACCAGCAUUCUUUCAUUUUAUUGAAACAUAACAAUAAUAUAGAGUAACAUACAAAUUGUAAGUGUCCUGGUUGAGUUAUCACAGAAUGAAUAUACCUGUGUGUAAUUACUGCUUUGUGAAGAAAUAUUCCAACACCCCCUAACCACCCCAUGUGCUUCUUCCCAACUAGUACUCCCUCUUUUUGCCCAAAGGAAACUACCAUCUUGACUUCUAACAUCAUAAGUUAGUUUUGUUGGUUUCUAAACUUUAUGUAAAUGGAGUCAUGCUGUAUGUAUUCUGUUGUGGGCUUGUUUUGAAAUUCAUUUGUGUUGAAUUAUGUAUGGGUGUAGUCUGUUUUCAUUGCUAUAUAAUUAGUCCAUUUUAUGAAUAUACUGGCAUUUGUCUAUUUUACUUUUGGUAGGUAUUUGUGUUGUUUUAGUUUGGGGCUAUUGUGAAUCAUGCUGAUAUGAAAUUCUUGCGCCUGUCUUUUUGGUGUACUUGUUGGAUUUUGAUUCGAAAUGUGUCAUUUAUAGGUUAAUGGGGAGAAUAUACAUGUUACAUAUUGGGUAUUCCUGUCCAUUAGUUAGUUUUAUCUCUUCAGUUAAAUAGGUGUUCUUUGAUGUCUUUCUACAGAGUUAUAAUUUUCUCCAUAAGGGUCAUGUGGAAAAUUUAUUAAGUGUAUUCCCAGGUGUUUUCUUGGUGGGUGGUGGGCGGGGGGGGGGGGGGGGGUAGAUGUUAUCAGUGGUAUAUUUUUAUAAAAUAUUUUCUGACUGUUGGAUGCUGGAGAAUAGAAAUAUCCAACCUUUAAAAAAAUUGUUUUUAAUUUUUUUUAAAGCAUUUACUUAUUUUUGAGAGACACGGAAAGAGCACAAGCAGGGGAGGAGCAGAGAGAGAGAGGGAGAACAGAAUCCAAAGCAGGCUCCAGGCUCCGAGCUGUCAGCACAGAGCCUGACGAGGGGCUCGAACUCACGGACUGCGGGAUCAUGACCUGAGCCAAAGUCGGCCACUCAACCACCUGAGCCACCCAGGUGCCCCGAAAUAUCCAACCUUUUAAAAACUCCCCUGGCUCUUCUACGUAUAUGCCCUCUUUUUGGGUACCACUCUUCUUGUCAACUCUUACUUGUUCUUCAGUAUUCUGUUCAGGCAUCACUCCUUUUGAGACGCCUGUCCUAACUCUUAGUCAGUGUUAGGUAUCCUUUUCUUGAUUUGCCCAAUUGCCCUUUAUCGUUACACUUCAUCGCUGUAUUGUAAUUGGAAUUCUCCAGUCAGCAACAUGAGUGAGCAUCUGGAACCUGAAAUCAGACCCCAUUACGCUUCUGUCACAACCCUUCAGUGUCUUCCUGUGAGGCUUACGAUGAAAUCAUUGUUUUUAUGAUGUGGGCCAGGUAUCCUUUCUGACCUGAUUAUUUCUUACCUCUGUCCCCUUGCUCACUCUGUGCUGCUUUAGUCACACUGACUUUCUUGCUGUUUCUUGAACACAUCAAGUAUGUGCCUGUCCUGGGGCCUUGGUACUUGCUGUGCCUUUACUGAAGUUCCUGCGCAAAUAAAUGUCAUCUCCUCAGGGAAGCCUUCCCUACCUAUCUUAUCUAAAAUAUCACCUCCCAGUACUCCCUAUCCUGCUUUGUUUUUCUUUCAAGCACUUAUUAUUAUGAUGUGUGUGUGUUGGUAUAUGUGUGUAUAUAUGUUUAUUGUCUAUAUUCUUACCCCCUCGUUGCCCACUUAGAUGGUAUGUUUUAUGAGGCCAGUGGGCAAAAUAUUUGAAUCAAUAGAUAGAUGGUUUGUUUGUUCCACUAGAGGGAAGAACUCUGUUUUUACAUCCAUAGUGGGAAAUGUAAUGGAAACUCAAGCAGGGUUGGGUUUUUUUUUUUUUAUAUUUGUUUAUUUUUGAGAGAGAGAGAGACAGAGAGGGAGACACAGAAUCCAAAGUGGGCUCCAGGCUCUGAGCUGUCAGCACAGAGCCCUAUGCGGGGCUCGAACUCACGAACCAUGAGAUUAUCACCUGAGCUGAAGUAGGAUGCCCAACCGCUGAGCCACCCAGGUGCCCCAUGCAAUUUUUAUUUUGGGAAAUAAGGGACACUCAAGCAUUUUUUUGAUGUUUUUUUUUUUUUCCCAUUUCUAAUUUCUCUUUUUCUCCCCCAUGAUGGGAGAGAUUUCAGCUUAUUUAUAUGCUAAGGGGAAAGAAUCCGGAGGGAAAAGCUGGAGAUGGAAAAAGAGAAAGGAGAACAGAUGGAGCAGGGUUCCUGUUGAGAUGUGAGAGGAUGGGAUUUAAAGGUGUUGGCUCUGCCCUGCGCAGUAGUAAGGACCAUGACUCCUCUGGGAUAGGAGGAAUGGCGAUGAAGGCGAUGACAGACAGCCAACAGCUAACCUCUAAUAUCUUGGGCAGGAAGUGGAGGAAAUUGGCGCUGACAGCUGGGAUGGUCUCAGGGGGUCCAAAGCAGCUGUUGCUAUUGGGGCAGAGAUGCUGGUGCAUCUUCAGCCUUUCUCUCUCAACUUUUUGGCAUAUAAAUCAACUGAAUUUUGUUUCCAUUUUGAACAACAACUUUCUAGCCUUCCCAAGCUCCUAAAAGAGCAGUUUAUUAGCAGUCUCUCUACUUUCCCACAUUCCAGAGACUUCACUGUAUUCUGGCUUCUGUCCUUAUCUCUCUCUUCAGUAACUGCCAUUGCCAAAGUCAUUAGUGUUCUCGUGGAUCAAACAGGCACUCUUCAUCUUAUUUGUCCUCAUUGCAGCAUUUGACGUGAUUGGCCACUCCCUCCCACCUGUAACUUUUCCUCCAUGGACAUCACUGAAAUUACUCUUGGCUUUUUAAAGUCUGCUUUUACAGCCACUUUCUUUUCUGCUCAGACCUUUUGCCAACUUUCUGUACCCACCUCUUAAAUUUUGUUACUCCCCAGUGUUUCGCUGUAGAGCUUCUCCUUACUCUAUAUUUUACCUUGAGUGAUUUCUCCCAGAACUUUCUGCCUUUAACCACCAUCAUAUGUUGUUGAUUGAUUCCUGUAUUAUAUCUCCAGACUCAUAUGCUUGGCUCUCGGACACCUCUGUAGGAUGUGUCACAGACUCAGUAUGUUUGGUGUGAAAGUCCUCAUCCUACCUGCAAUUCCUGCUGAAUUCUGUGUUGUAGGAAUUGGCACCACCCUCUACCCAGACGUUCAGAUAAGGGAUUGUUUUGUUUUCUUCAAACUAAAUGAAAACUUCAAGUUUUUUUUUUUUAAUUAAAAAAAAUUUUUUUAAUGUUUAUUUAUUUAUUUUGAGGGAGAUAGGGAGAGAGAGUGUGAGUGAGGAAGGAGCAGAGAGGGAGAAAGAAUCCCAAGCAGGCUCAGCACUGUCAGCACAGAGCCCAACACGGGGCUGGAACUUACAGACUGCAAGAUCACAACCUACGCUGGAUCACAACCUACACUGAAAUCAGGAGCCAGACGCUCAACAAACUGAGCCACCCAGAGGCCUCAAGAGUUUUGUUUUAUUUUA